UAAACAAAAAGCGCGCUGCCUUGGAUCCAGAGGGCAAACAACAUGUAAAUGAAUUGUGCACAUUGAUGAAAACUGACUGUAUAUAGUUUGCACUUCUUUGGAGUUUCGAAAUAAUACUGUUUUGUAUGUUUUUUUACGAUGUGUUUUUCAAACCGGGCUGCGUGCUCUGUCUGGGUUUCCUGAUUGAUGACCACAUCUAGUCGAUGUGACCCCUGUACACCCUGAGUGUUAAACAUGUCACUGGAGAAGGCAGUACAAGAGAGUACGUUUCCACUAAAGAAAGUGGCUUUUGACAUGAGCCAGAUAAUGGAGAAUCUGGACACCAGGGACCUCGAUUUGGAGGAGGUGGAUUUCGAGCCUUAUGAUCCCAGUCUGCCAGUGAGCACUCGAAUUCCCUUCUCUGCCAUUUACAAAAUGAAGGGGUUUAAGGAUACAGAUAUCCAGGUCUACCUCAAUGAAGUCCACAUUACUGCCAAAAUUCUGGAAGUAGAACGCGGUAUAAUUGCACAACAUGAGCGGGUUUCUUCAACGCAACAAAGGCUGACAUCAAAGGUGAAACAUGCUGGUGUCUUCACAAUUGAACUGAAGCAUGGGGGGUUUACCUGGCGAGUGAGAAGGAAAGAAAAACACUUUCACGAGCUCCACCGAGAGCUGAUCACAUACAAGACCUUCAUGAGGAUUCCUAUUCCUACAAGAAGUCACACGGUAAGAAGGAAGACCAUUAAGAGAGAUGAAGUUCAACAGAUGCCCAGCCUGCCUCGCGGCAGUGAAAACCUGGUCCGAGAGGAGCAGUUCUCCAGUAGAAGGAAACAACUUGAAGACUAUCUGAAUAAGUUGUUAAAAACAGCUAUGUACAGAAACUACCACUCUACAUUGGAGUUUAUUGAUGUCAGUCAGAUGUCCUUCAUUCACGACUUGGGACCAAAGGGCUUGGAGGGGAUGAUAAUGAAGCGUUCAGGGGGUCACCGGAUCCCUGGCCUGAACUGUUGUGGUCGGAGUGAAAUCUGUUACCGCUGGUCCAAAAGGUGGUUAGUUGUUAAAGACUCGUUCAUAAUGUACAUGAAACCAGACUCGGGAGCCAUUGCAUUUGUCAUGCUGGUGGAUAAGGAGUUUUGUGUAAAGAUGGGCCUCAAGGACACAGAGACUAAACAUGGAGUUCGCAUUGACAAUCUGUCCAGAUCAUUGAUUGUGAAGUGUACCAGCUAUCGUCAUGCCCUGUGGUGGGGUCAGGCCCUUGAAGAUCAUAUUCGAAAACAUGGCAAAGCCUUUUUGCAAGAUCACAGAUUUGGGUCCUUUGCAAGAGAACAAGAAAACACUCUGGCAAAAUGGUAUGUCAAUUCAAGUAUUUACAUGCAAGAUAUAGCGGAUGCACUAGAAGAAGCCACAGAAGAAAUCUUCAUCACCGACUGGUGGCUGAGUCCAGAGAUUUUUCUCAAGAGACCAGUUGUAGAGGGGAACCGCUGGAGGUUAGACUACAUUCUUAAACGCAAAGCUCAACAAGGUGUGAAGAUUUGUGUGAUGCUGUACAAGGAGGUGGAGCUGGCUUUGGGAAUCAACAGUGAGUACAGCAAGAGGACACUAAUGCGCCUUCAUCCCAACAUCAAGGUAAUGAGGCACCCUGACCAUGUCUCCUCCACUGUGUAUCUGUGGGCCCACCAUGAGAAGCUGGUUGUUAUCGACCAAUCCAUCGCGUUUGUAGGCGGGAUCGACCUGGCCUAUGGGAGAUGGGACGACAAAGAACACAGACUAACAGACGUGGGGAGCGUCACGCGAGCUAUAUCAACUGCCAGCUGUCUAAUGUCAGACAAGAUCACUAAAGGUCCAGGAGAAGAGAGCAUGCCUCACAACAAUGGCAGCAGCCAGAAAACCGGGGGCGACGCAAAAGCUGCAGACAGUGUGGACUUACCCAAAUUGAAAGGAGUCGGUCGCUCAAGGAAAUACCCCAGGUUCAGCCUCCACAAACAACUUCACAAACACCACCUGCAGCACGGAGACAGCAUCAGCAGCAUCGACAGCAGUGAAGGAAGUUGGUUUCAGGAUUCAAAAAGUCAGGAGAAUUUAAUACCAGGUAAAAAGCCCCAUCUGAAGAUAUUCCACCAGGAACCCGGACAGGGGCUUUCUCAGUCCCAGGAUGACAGCAGCGCGAUAAGAAAUCUACAGACUGGAGUUGGACAGCUUCAAGGAGACACUCGCUUCUGGCACGGGAAGGACUACUGCAAUUUUGUCUUCAAGGACUGGGUCCAGCUCGACAAACCUUUUGAUGAUUUUAUAGACAGGUAUACCACACCACGAAUGCCUUGGCAUGACAUUGGUUCAGUGGUACAUGGGAAAGCAGCCCGAGAUGUUGCGAGGCACUUUAUACAGCGCUGGAACUUCACAAAAAUUAUGAAGCCGAAGUACAGAUCCCUCUCCUAUCCAUACCUUUUGCCGAAAUCCCACACAACAGCAAAUGAUUUGAGGUAUCAGGUUCCAGACUGUGUAAAAACUAAAGUACAGGUGUUGCGCUCAGCUGCGGAUUGGUCAGCAGGUAUCAAGUGCCAUGAAGAAUCGAUCCACAAUGCCUACGUUCAUGUAAUAGAGAACAGCAAACACUACAUCUACAUUGAGAACCAGUUUUUCAUCAGCUGCACUGAUAACCGGUUAGUUUUUAACAAGAUUGGAGACACUAUUGCUGCAAGGAUCCUCAAAGCUUACAGAGAGAAUAAGAAGUAUCGUGUUUAUGUGGUGACGCCUCUCUUACCUGGGUUUGAAGGAGACAUCUCCACUGGAGGAGGGAGUGCUAUACAAGCAGUCAUGCACUUUAACUACAGGACAAUGAGCAAGGGGGAUAAUUCCAUCAUUUCACAACUGAACGCAGAAAUGGGAAACCAGUGGAUUAACUACAUCUCGUUCUGUGGACUGAGGACUCACGCCGAGCUGGCGGGAAAGCUGGUUACCGAGCUCAUCUACGUUCACAGCAAGAUGCUGAUAGCUGACGACAACACUGUUAUCAUCGGCUCUGCAAACAUUAAUGAUCGAAGCAUGCUGGGGAAGCGCGACAGUGAAAUGGCAGUGAUCAUUGAAGACACACAGACUGUACCCUCUGUAAUGGACGGAGAGGAGUACCAGGCAGGGAAACUGGGUCUCCAGCUGCGGCUUGAGUGCUUCAAGUUGAUUCUGGGUGGCUUUACGGAUCCCACCAUUGAUGUAACUGACCCAAUUAGUGAAAGGUUCUUCAAGGAGGUGUGGAUAGCAACAGCAGCACGCAAUGCAACUAUCUACGAGAAGGUUUUCAGAUGCCUGCCCUCCGAUGCAGUGCGGAACACUGUUGAGCUCAGCGAGUUCAUAGCCAAGCUUGGCCUGGAUACAGAGGACCCUGCCAAAGCCCUGGAAGAGCUGAAGAAGAUCCGGGGCUUCCUGGUGCAGUUCCCCUUGUACUUCCUGUGUGAGGAGAACCUACUUCCUUCUGUCGGGACAAAGGAACAUAUGGUUCCCAUGGAGACCUGGACAUGAGGAAAAACUCCCUUUCCCCCAUCACAAUCUGGACUUAAUCAAGCAGACUGAAAAUGCUUAAUACUGUAUACAGAAAACUACAGAGCAGACAAAACACAUUUUUGUGUGAAAAAAAUUGAAGACUGGCAGUUCUAAAACAUUUUAUGUAGCCUCAAUUACAUAAUGAAUGGGAAUAAGGAAAUGAAAGGAUGGAGGAACCAUAUACAGAUAGAGAAGAUGGACUGAAAUGUUCAUUUCUUUUAGUUUUUUUUUUAAUAAUUUUUUUUGUUUUUUGUCAAAAUAACACUGAAUUCUCAUUAACAGCAUCACAUACAACACUUAAAAACACGUUAUUUUGCCUGCAAAACAACCACAAAAGCACAUUUAACAGGUGGGAUCUGAUUACGGGGCUCUGCUAGAAUCAUAGAAUUGAUCACCUGGAGGCCCAGAAUGUAAUAUUUCAGUGAAUGUACCCUGUGGAUGUACAAUGGUGUUAUCGUAUGCCUGUAACUAAAUAGCAAGUAUAGCCCCCCGGGUUCCUGGGUACUAACAUUCCUCUAAUAACUCUAAAGUUGCUCUUCUUUAUCUUUUCAUCAGUGCUGCUUCUCAAAGCUUUCUUACUUUUUUUUUUUUUGGUUGUUAACCAGCAAUAAAGAACCACCCCCAUAGAAAUUAUAUAUAGUGCCCAAAUCCACAAACUGCAUUACAAAAUCCCGUAGAAGGUCUCUGACCACCAUUUGUGCUUUUGUUCUUUUUUUUUUGUGAGCCCAUAACGGUGGCUACACUCGCACACUCUUUGAAUAAUUACUUUAAGCUAAGAAUAAGCAUUGCUUUGAUGUUUUAUCAUUUGUUUUUAAAUUUCAGUAACCCUUAAGUUAGUAUUAUUGCUAAUAUUAUAAAUAUUACCAAUGAAUUGCGGUUUUGCACAUGAAAAGUAAUUUGUAAUUGUGUUAAAUGUCAGCACCGCCAUUCAUUUUAUAAUUUUAAGAAAUAUUUCAAAAAGUAGUUUAUUAUUCUUUAAUGUGACAAUCAUUUCUGUUAUGAAAAAGUCAAGAGGUUUUAGUAAAUGUCUCACCCUUGUAGUAUUUCCUCUGAACAAAAACUUCCCUUAUAAUAACUUGAUAAAAAAAAAGCCAUAUUAAACCAGCUCAUUUUAAACUCAUUAUUGUAACUGGUUUUAAUAUUGUAUUUUUUUAGUGUCUUUGUUUAUGGAACUCUAAUUUUGUAGCGGAUGUUUGAAGUUCCAAAGUGAAAGUUUUACUAACCAGUGGAAUAACUGACUUGUCAUCACUUUUCAAGCAGUAUGCCGUUUUUGAAUCUGACAGUCUUGAUUAAGCCUUAGCCUUGCAAGAUAAACACACAUGGAAACAUGAUUGCUUAGUCGCUGAUGCAAGACGUUUAAUGUCAUCUUUUGUGACACAGCUUAAAUUGAAUUUCAGCAAGAGCUGACAUUUUCUAUUAAGGUUGGUCAGUUGUGUUUGAUGGGCUACUCAUCGGUUCUGCUCGGUGGCGUUUCUAAUGCAUUGUGAACUUUCUUCUUUUGGGGGGGAGAAGACUUGCUGUACUAAUGCACUACAUUCAAGUCCAACAAGGUGCAGGGAGUGUAGCAGCCUGCUGUCCACGUCUGGUUAUGGUUGAUAGCCACCGAACACUGCACAUCUGGAUGCAUUAACUAUUCUUCACAUGCUCCUUCUGUGAAGGGCUCAUUUUUCAUUUUAACAAUGUAAUUUAUGGUUUCUUAAAAGAAGUUAAAAUAGCGCUUGUUAAUUGUGUUGUUCUAACAGAAUGCUGUUAAAAUACAUUGUGUUAUUUUAUUUUGUGCCACACACAUUCAUAUUCUCAGAGGGAGUUUGGUGGAAGGUUUUGAGCUACUAGUGUUCAUUAAGUCCCUCUCACAAACCAGCACACAGUUCAACACCAUCCGUGAAUGGAGGGGAUGCUCAAUGGUGCCUGCAAGCUCUGUGCAUUACAGUGUUCAGUGUCAUUGUCCAUCACAUUCAUGAUAACUAAAUUCACAGGCACCAAAUUUACAAAUAUAUUACUUUGCACAUAAUUUAUUAUCCAUAGAAGUGCUCAGUGCUCCAUUGUACUUACUGUACUAUAUAGAGUGCACUCAGGUACCAAUAGGUAAUGCAUGUAAGAAUUAAUGUGAUUAUAAAACUGAGAAAAAUGACUAUUUACGUGGCCGAUUUAUUCGUAUUUAUAAAUCAUGUAAUUCUAGACACUCUUGAUCUGUAGUGGUGUUGACGUCACUGCAGUACUGCCUUGGUUUCAGUGCUGGUUCACAGUUCUGAGUUACUGGACUGCGUGGCAUUCCGUUUGUCUUCACGCUUUUGUAUCUCCACCAAACACACUCAUUCAGCAACUGACAUUGACCUGUUACAGAUUAGAACAAGGUAUGUCAGGACCACAUAUCCACAGAAAUAAAUACCAGUUAAUAAGACAAAUAAGCAAAACAUGACCUCUAUCCACAACAUGUAGACACAAAUAGAAAUCAUGUCCAUGCAUAUAUUCAUCAAAAAUAACUUCAUCCUCACAAUUUGAUCAAAUGUACUGUAUCUAAGUAAAAUGGGAAAAUGCCCUGGUCACUUUUAUUAUAACUUUUACCUAAUACAGGAUUGCACCACGGUUUGCCUUGACAUAAAGUGGCAUAUAGUCCACAAGGUGCUGGGAAGUGUCUUAAGACCAGGGAUGUUAAUCCAUUCGCUCAUUAAUAUUUCAUGCAGUUGGUGCAGAGAGAUUGGGAGAGGAUCAAAGUGAUGAAUGUGUUCUUCCCAAACAUGUUCAACUAGACUACAAUUUGGGGAUUGCGGUGGUCAUAGUAGAUACCAGAAAAUGAUUUGCAAACAAUUCUGGUACAGUGGUUGGGUGCAUUUUCAUCUUGAAACUAGCCAUCAGGGUGUAAGUGCAGCUAUGUUAAGUGGACUUGAUCUGCUAUGAUGUUUAAUUAAACAACGUAAUUUGUUUAGCUUUCCAGAGUAAUCAAGGGAGCAAGGUUAUACAGUACCAGGAGAACAUGUCCCGUAGCAGAGUGUUGCCAAAAAAGGUUAGGUAAACAUUUCCUAGGAAAGUGGCCAGGUAUUGUCCCUCAUUUUCAAAUUAGCAUAGGCAUUCAUGUUUUACUACCAACCCUUUGCGUUAUCUUGUGUUCCCUUUUCAACAUAAACUCAUACCACGCUUAGUUUUGAUUAUGUUCAAUUGGCUUGCAUUGUUAUGUGUUUGCUUUUCAAUGCAAAUAGUGAUUCUAGAUUAGACCUUCACAUUGAGAUAAAGUUAGACGAGAACCACAUCACUGGAGCUACAUUGCUGUUGCCUCUAGUAAGAGAUCUGUCACCUGUGAUUUAACAAUUACAGCUUGUAAUUGGACCUUCAACAUCCAUCACCACUUCAUAGUUUAUAUUUUACAGCUGCCUAUUACCAUUACACCCCAUCCCUUCAGAGAGAUCCAUUGAGCUCUAUAAGUGUUACAAAACCGUAUAUUGUUUCCUAUACCUUUUGCAGAACUGUUAAAGCAAUUUAUAUCAGUGUGUUCACUAUAUUAGUAGAUCUUUCCAGAGGUGGUUGUGGAGUCUCUCACGAUGUUUUGCAAUGUGCUGCUUUCCUUACUUUAUAGGUAGAAUUGGAACUCUAUGUUAAACGGUUUUACAAACACACAACAUCAAACUUAAUAUAAUCACCAGUGCAGUGAUAACAUAUAGAUAUUGUAUGGAAAUAUAAUCAGAAAAUUACAGAAAAUGGGGUGUUAUGACUGUUUGCUGUGAGUUUCAGAAAUCUUAGUCAAAUCCCUGUCGCUUACGUAUAUAACGAAUUAAAUGUAAAGAAAGAUUAAAUCUAAUGUGUUUUUUUAAUACAUUUAAAAUGGUUAUACUUUUUGUUUUAUGCACUGAAAAGUUCAAAUAAGUAAUACCAAUUUACAAAACAAACACAUUGUGACAAAAGAUAAAUGUUGUCCUUAUCACUGUUUUUGUUUUUUGGCACUUCAUUAAAGCUGCAAUAUGAA